AGGAAAAAGGAAAGGAAAGGAAAGGAAAAGAAAAAGCAGAAACACUAGUAAGUUUCUCCAAAAGAGCUUCUUGCUUUCUACACUAGGGCUAAAUGUGUACAUCUUUUAGUGUUUUCCAAAGAUAAUUCCUACUUCACUGAAACGCGGAUUUUCGAUUUCUUGUAAAAAAAAAACAAAACAAAACUAAAUACCAGCUACCAGAACCAAGAAAUCCCACUCGUUUCUACCGAUUUCCCCUUUUUUUCCCUUUACCCGAUGAACGAUCGAUAACCAUUGAGUCAAAAUCAAGUGUUUUAGGAUGAUUCAGUUAUUGUUCUUGGUCCUUUUUGCUGAGGGUGUAAUGGCGCUUCUUCUACUGGUGAAGAUUGGGCCUUUAAGAGAGCUCGUCAUAAAGAGCUUAGAUCAAAUAAAGAUGGGGAAAGGUCCAGCUACUGUGAAAACUAUUGCUGGUACCAUGUCUGUAAUCCUUUUGUCGAAUCUCACGAGCAUUGUCAAGAUCCAGAACAAGGGUGCGAAGCUCGGAACUAUGUCACCUAUGGAUCAGGUUCUAUGGAGAACCCACUUGCUUGAAGCUUCACUCAUUGGUAUGAUCUGCUUCCUCGGUUUCAUAAUUGAUCGUAUGCACCAUUAUAUUAAAAAGCUUAUUGGGUUAAGGAGUAGGGUGGGAUCUUCAAAAGUGGAACUCGAACAUCUCGAGAAAGAAAGAUCACAGCUUAAAGACAAGGACGACAAAGCCUCCAAGGAGAUAAAGCUACUAAAAGAAGAAAUCUCUACACUAUCAGAGAAACUGAAGAAGCUGAAGUCGGAAUCUGAAGAGAAAGACAAGAAGAUCGAAACUGCAGAAGCGCAUGUUGCUGCUCUCCAAAAGCAAUCUGCAGAUUUGCUACUUGAGUAUGAUCGUUUAUUAGAAGAUAACCAAAACCUUCAGAAUCAUGCUUCGGGAUACAAGAGUUGAGGAAAUGUUGAAGGGCUGGGUGAAAAGAAAAAGUGUUUAGGGUAUUGAUUUAUGUUUCUUAAAGAGACUAAAUGGAUCUGUGCAAGUGGGGGGAAGUAGGUCUCUGCGUUGUUGAAAAUUUUUGUAACUCAUGAAAUUUUAAUUGUUGACAUAACUAAAUUUA